AUGGCCAGGAUGAUCUCCGGCCCCGCCAUCGGCUGGCGGAUCGUGCAGGGUCAGUGGGACCUUGCGGCGCCUGCCCUGGCGGUGUCCGCGGCCUCCGACUGGCUGGACGGCCUGGCAGCCCGCAAGCUGGACCAACAGUCGGUUCUGGGGUCCUACCUGGAUCCCAUCGCGGACAAGGUCCUCAUCGGCUCUGUCACCAUCGCCCUCACGAAAGCGGGGUCGCUCCCUGUCGCGCUGGCCUUUGUGAUCGUGGGCCGAGACGUGGGGCUGGUGGCGGGGGGCGCCCUCAUGCGGGCGCGGCAGCUGGGCUGGCGCUGGCCCGGGGCGGCCGAGUUCUUCAGGCUGGGCGGGGGCACGGCCGCGGCCCCCGUCUCCCCGCUCCUCAUCUCCAAGAUCAACACCGUGCUGCAGCUGGGGCUGGUUGGGGGGUGCGCCCUGCAAGGGCUACUAGGCUGGCCGUCGGGGGAGGCGCUCCUGUCCCUGGGCAUGCUCACGGCUGGGACUACGAUCUGGUCUGCGGCGGCCUAUGCCCGCGCCUUCUUGGCGGCGGGGGGAAAGCAGGCUCCUGUCGGAGGGAGCGCCAUAGCUGGGGGCUCCCUCCCGGCGCUGCCCCGCCCAUCGAGGGGCAAGCGGGGUGCCAGAGUCAAGCAGUGA